AUGACGACCGUCCAACUCCCAUCGUUCACUAGCACGCCAGUUGAGCAGAUUCCUUCGAUCGUCUCCCGACUUCGGAACACAUUCUUCUCUCAGAAGACGCGCCCUGCCGAGUUUCGAAUCAAGCAGCUGCGUAAACUCUACUGGGCCAUCGCCGACCACGAGAAAGAGCUCUUGGAGGCGCUAGCACGGGAUUUGGGCAAAGGCUCUUUCGAAGCCUUCACCGGGGAGAUCAAUUGGACCCAAAAUGAUAUUAUCUUCACGACCCAAAAUCUAGAAAAAUGGAUGAAAGAUGAGAAACCAGCGGAUAUCGCCCUCUCAAAUCGCCUGGUCAACCCGAAGAUCCGAAAGGAUCCCCUGGGUGUAGUGCUUGUGAUCGGGGCUUUCAACUUCCCCGUAAAUUUGUCCUUCGGUCCCAUGAUAGGAGCCAUUGCGGCAGGAAAUACUGUUGUUCUGAAACCCUCGGAGCAGUCACCGAACAGUGCCGCAGUCAUGCAAAAAAUCAUCGAGACAGCGCUCGAUCCCGACUGCUACGCUUGUGUCCAAGGCGCUAUCCCAGAGACUUCAGCAUUACUGGAGCAGAAGUGGGACAAAAUCUUCUUUACUGGCUCUGCCCGCACGGCCAAGAUCAUUGCCCAGGCUGCCGCAAAGAAUUUGACUCCGGUCGCGCUAGAGUUGGGUGGACGGAAUCCCGCAAUCGUGACCAAGAAGGCAGAUAUGCGUCUCGUGGCUCGACGCCUCCUGUGGUCCAAGACCAUGAAUGCAGGCCAGAUAUGUAUCAGUCAAAAUUGCAUUCUGGCGGACAGAGAAGUCGUCCCGACUCUGAUUGCAGAGCUGAAGGCGGCUAUGAAAGAAUUCUUCCCAGAAGGAGCCAAGAAGAGCGCCGACUACUCCAGAAUAGUCAAUAUCAACUCGUUCAACCGCAUCAAGAAGAUGCUCGACAAUACGUCGGGCAGGAUCGUCAUUGGCGGAACCAUGGAUGCAGACCAGCUCUUCAUUGAGCCGACUGUGAUCGAGGUCACAGAUCCCAAGGACUCGCUGCUAGUGGAAGAAUCUUUUGGACCUCUUAUCCCCAUUUUACCCGUCGACAACUUGGAUCAAGCGAUCAGUAUUGCCAAUGAGCUCCAUGAAACUCCAUUGGGCGUAUACGCCUUUGGAUCCAAGUCAGAGACUGACAGAAUUUUAGCAAGCACACGCUCUGGCGGUGCCAGCGUCAAUGAUGGCUUCUUUCACGGCAUCAUACCGAACUUACCAUUCGGUGGUGUAGGCGACUCGGGCACUGGAGCGUACCGCGGCAAAGCUUCAUUUGACUGCUUUACACAUCGUCGAUCAAUCACCUAUACGCCAAGCUGGAUGGAAAGUCUGUUGGCUGUGAGAUACCCCCCCUUCGCUGGAACUGGCAAAUUGGCACAGUUCAACAAGAUGGGACUUCUCAAGCCUGACUUUGAUCGAAACGGCAAUCGGAAGAUAGGCGUCGUGUGGUACUUGCUCACGCUGGGAGCUGGGAGUAUAUCUGGAGGUGCGUUCCGAGUUGCCUUGUUGGCAAGCAUCUGUUUCGCCUUGAAGGCCUUUAUGGAUGGAAAAGCACUCACUGUCUCCAAAUGA